UCUUUCAAUUCAGAUAACCUGAAGAAAAGGCAGACAUGAGUCUCACUGGAAAAGACAAGACUGUGGUGAGGUCUUUCUGGAAGAAAGUUUCCUCAAAGUCCGGUGACAUUGGAGCUGAGGCUCUGGGCAGGAUGUUGAUAGUAUACCCUCAGACCAAGACCUAUUUUACCCACUGGGAUGAUCUGACCCCUAAUUCCCCACAAGUGAGGAAGCAUGGUGCUGUUAUCAUGGCAGCCGUUGGAGACGCCAUCGGAAAGAUUGAUGACCUCGUUGGUGCUCUGUCCACCCUCAGCAAGCUGCAUGCCUUCAAGCUCAGAGUGGACCCUGCCAACUUCAGGAUCUUAGCCCACAACAUAAUCUUGGUUAUGGCCAUAUACUUCCCUGGAGAGUUCACUCCAGAGGUCCAUGUCUCUGUUGACAAGUUCCUGCAGAACCUGGCUCUGGCUCUGUCCGAGAAAUACCGCUAAACUGCAGCCAACCAGGAGCAUCAACUGGAUCCAUGGGGCAUGUCGACCUCAACAGUGUCAAUGUUCCUUUUAAAAUGUAGGGGCUUGGUGAAUAAAACAAAUGUCCAGAUGUC